UCUCCUUCCUGUCCACCCUUAUAGAACCAAUUCCACCUACAGAUGUCAGCCCGUGUGCCUCCAUCAACCCUGGGCAGCCUGUUGCUGGCAGUCCUGCAGGGGGGAGAGGGGGACAGGGACCGAAGAAGCCAGAGAGAGGGGAGCUGGGGAGGAGCAGCAGUGGUGUGCCCCGGGUGGGAGGAAGGUGGUGACGGGCUGCUGUCUCACCUGCAGAGGCACAGCGGUUCUACCUGGCAUUUGUGGGAUAUUAUCAACCUGACCCGCAUCACAGUGGGUGGGGACAGAAGGGGGUCAACCAGCGAGGAGCGGAGGGAGGAUCAGAUGGAAGAAGAGGCUUUGAAGAUCCUCUCCACCCGUUUCCUGCGCUCCCCUUCACCCAUCUCCUCUGUUCUCCUCAUGGGCUCUGACCCAGAGUGUCUCUCCUCUGUCCUGCGGGCCGCUCAGCGCCUUGCUCCCUCACUACCAGCACUGCAGUGGAUCAUGGGAUACCCCUUAUCUCCAGAUUCGCUACACACUCUAGGAGGUCCCCUUGGACUGCUAGCCUAUGGGGAGGUCGGCCGCAAGCCAAUCAGUUUCUACAUCCGGGAUGCUUUGCAGUUGAUUGGCCGAGCGGUCACUGCGGCAACCAUGGUGAGGCCAGACUUGGCACUAAUCCAGAACAUGGUGAACUGUUAUGACAAACCAAACCGCCAUGAGCUGCCCUCUUCGGGACAAUAUCUGGCCAGAUUUCUCUCCAACACUUCCUUCACUGGAGCCACAGGCCUGAUCCAGGUGGAUGCCGGCCUCUCACGGGUUCUCUCCUCCCAGCUGUUCCAUGUAUGGAGUCUGAAGAGGGGCGCUCUGGGCCAGCCGGCCUGGGUUACUGUAGGCCAGUGGACCCGAGGCAGACUGGAGUUAGAGGGAGGGGUCCUGGGGCUGGUGGGAGGGUUCGGGAGCAGCCAAGGACAAGGUCUCGGGGCUGGGGUGAGGGGAGGGGAUGGCCAGGGGGACAGCAACGUCGGAGGACGCUGGAGGCCAGGACUCUCCGUCGAGGGACACAGACUGCGUGUGGUAACACUGGUGGAACACCCGUUUGUUUUCACACGGGAGGUGGAUGAGGAUGGAUUGUGUCCAGCUGGUCAGCUCUGUCUGGACCCCAGAACAAACCGGUCCGACAUAAUCCACAGCCUCUUCAACCAGCUGCACAACCCAAACACUACAGCUGCAGACUGGGAUGGCAGUGACCUGCCGGAGGACCUCAGGAAGUGCUGCUAUGGAUACUGCAUUGACUUGUUGGAAAAACUGGCAGAAGACAUGGGCUUCACCUUUGACCUCUAUAUUGUGGGAGACGGGAAGUAUGGGGCGCUGAGCGGGACAGGACGCUGGACGGGGCUGGUCGGGGACCUGCUGAGUGGAGCCGCUGACAUGGCUGUCACCUCUUUUUCCAUCAACUCUGCCAGGAGCAGAGUCAUCGAUUUCACCUCGCCCUUCUACUCCACCAGCCUGGGCAUUCUGGUUCGUAGCCGGGACACUGCAGCUCCCAUUGGAGCCUUUAUGUGGCCUCUCCACUGGUCCAUGUGGGUGGGCAUCUUUGUCACGCUGCAUCUCACUGCGCUCUUUCUCACCUUGUACGAGUGGAACAGCCCCUUCGGCAUGACACCCCAUGGCAGGAACCGGCUGCGUGUGUUCUCCUACUCCUCCGCCCUCAAUCUCUGCUAUGCCAUUCUGUUUGGGCGCACUGUCGCUACCAAGACUCCCAAAUGCUGGACAGGACGCUUCCUGAUGAACCUUUGGGCUAUCUUCUGCUUACUGGUGCUGUCCAGCUACACCGCCAACCUAGCUGCAGUCAUGGUCGGGGAGAAGACCUUCGAGCAGGUCUCAGGAAUCCAUGACGACAAGCUGCACCAUCCCUCCAUGGGCUUUCGUUUCGGCACGGUGAGGGAGAGCAGUGCUGAGGAUUACAUGAAGAAGAGUUUCCCAGAGAUGCACGACUACAUGAGACGCUUCAACCAGCCCACCACACCAGAAGGCGUGCAUAUGUUAAAGACAGAUCCUCCCUCCCUGGAUGCAUUCAUCAUGGACAAAGCCCUGCUGGACUUUGAGGUCUCUAUCGACGCAGACUGCAAACUGCUCACUGUGGGGAAGCCGUUCGCCAUUGAAGGCUAUGGUAUAGGCCUGCCCCAGGGCUCUCCUCUAACCCGCAAUGUGUCGGAGUUCGUGAGCCGAUACAAGUCCGACGGCUUCAUGGACAUGCUACAUGACAAAUGGUAUAAGGUUGUGCCUUGCGGGAAGCGUGUCUUUGCAGUCACUGAGACCCUACAGAUGGGGAUCCAGCAUUUUUCAGGCCUGUUUGUGCUGCUGUGUAUGGGGGUGGGUGGAGCCUUGCUGACUUUGGCGGGUGAACACACCUUCUAUCACCUGGUCAUCCCUCGCCUGCGGCGCACGCACGCGCUGCAGUACUGGCUGCACACCAGCCAGAAAAUUCACCGAGCCCUCCACACCACAUAUGAGGACGUAGGGAAGGAGCUGACCGGCCUCGACCAAAACCCCUCCUCUUGUAUCUCAGAGAACUGCACCCUUCACAGGAAACAGCAUCAGCCUCCUCCCCCAUCUCCUCCCACAUCCCUCCCUGCCUCCACUACAGCUGGAGACACCAACAACUCAUCACCAUCGCAUGAGCCCAAGGAGAAACGUGUGCACUUUGACCUUGAGACCCUCCACAGCUACCGCCUGCGCACACACACUGCCUCAGUGCGCGGCAGGCCCGGGAUGGUCGGCCGUCCUGGGCUCGGCCUGGGAGGUUUGGGGCUGGGCAGCCUGGGGAGUUUUAGCUCCCCGCCGCAGAUUAGCCUCCAUGCCAACGGGGGCCCGGUCUCUGCUCUGGCUUCCACAGGCUUGGUGCUCUCCCCUCUGGGGAGCAGGCCGGCUCAGACCAGCCUGAUGGGAGGGGGAGCUCCAGGAGCUGCAGGGGAAAAUCGAGAUAUUCCGCACCCAGCUGAGAGAGGCUCUGGCCAGGAGAGCAGAAAUACAGAGCAGCCUGGAGCGAGAGAGGAGCGGACUUGUACGCAGGGAUACCAGUCUGGAGAGGGAAAGGGACAGACAGAGGAUACAAACUAUUAACACAGACAGAAGUAGCUCCACUCAGUCAAAACUCCCUGAAAGAGACAGGACCAGCCAACUGCAAACCCUGAAUAAUCAACAGACAGGGAGGGCUAACCCGUCAGGUGGACCUGGGACUGUGGAGCAAGGGAGAAGCAGCCAGUUAAACACAGUUAACAGUUUGGACAGAGGGAGAGCCAACCAAGUACGCUCUGUUAAUACUUUGACUGGAGAAAGGACUGUCCAAUCACGUACUUCCACCAGUUUGGAGCGAAGUCGAGUCAACCAACCAGGUGCUGGAAACAUAACUGUCCAAUCACGGAACACUUCGAGCCUAGAUAGGCAGAAGGCUAACCUAUCACGCACUCUGAACACUUUGGAGAGGACAAAAGCCAACCAAUCAAGUGUAAGCAGUGGGACUUGAUUGUCCUUCUGAAGCCCCUGAUGGAUAAGAUUGCAGAGCGACUAGUGCAGUUGGUCCUUGCAUAGCCGCGGGAAGAUGGCUUCGCUGGGAUGGGUUAAGUCUGGGGGAUGCUUGCUGAAAAAUUACAAUAUGUUAACUGACACCAUUACUUACUGUAACCUAAUAAUUUUCACGAUCAGAAUUAUUUCCAUAAUCGCUUAAAAUUACAACUAAAAACCUUUAACUGCAACAUGAGAGCUCAAAUGUCUGCAUCAUCCAUGAAAUCAUAAAAAAAGAUGUUUACUUUUGUUAAGAAAAGCUGAAAUCAUUUCAGCAAUAACCCAGUAAGAACAGAUCAGACCAAUUAUAAUGGCAAUGUUAAAAUCACAGUGCUUAUUGUAGAGACCACUGAUCUACUUGAGGAACCAUCAACAGUUUUUUACUCACACAGAAGCUCAUCAGCUGAAUAAAAACAUGGCCUAUCCCAGUUGCUGAAGAGGCCUACAAGCACAUAUAGACAUCCUCGACAAGAGCACAGAAAAAUUAAAGUUAGCCCAAUGUGAACAGCAAACAAAACUAAAAUGCACUUGCAACAUCAGUGUUAACUGAGUGCCAGCAGAAAGAGAUAAAGAAGCAAAAAAAAAACAUUAUAUUUCAAGUAAUUCAAGUAAUAAUGUCCCAAAAAUGUGAAUGAUAAAGGAAGAAAACCGAAGAAAGAGUGAUACUGACCUGAAACAAUCUACUAUGUUUUCUUAUUGUUACAUACCAAAAAUAUGCAUUUUUCACACAUUUCAAGUCCCAUCCUUCUCUCUUCCUCAAAUGUGUCAGAAUUGAAAAAGGUGUCUUGCAAACUGAGCCAUUCCCAAAUAGAAGCUUUGAGAUGGUAAUUUUGCUUCUUUGAUUUGAUGGCUUCCACAUGAAAAGGGAUGCUGAGGCAGGACUUGACAGGAAGACCUUUUUUGAAAAUUCGGUGGGAAAGGUUGGUUUUACCCAAGUACCCAUCAUGAGGAGUAUUACUCAGCCUGUGCAAACACUUUUUUAAUGUCUUCUGUGGCUCUGAAAGAAACUUUAGGUCUAAGAAAAUAACCCCUGAUGGCAGCAUAAGACUGCGCAACUUUAUAAUAGAGUGUCUGCAUUAGAACUGGGGCUGUGAGGGCCAAGGAGAGUCUAAUAAGAAAUGCCACUGGGGAUGCAUCGUUUUUGGACUUUGACCGGUACUAGAGACUAAAAGUCAGGAUAUCUCAGUAUCUGCUGCUUCAGUUUUGACCAUUUUUUGAAACAUUCUUCCUCUUGUGAGGCCCCAGCUUUGUUCAAGUACAGUUCUAAAUCACUGCAGUAUCCCUCUCCUGUAGGGUGUUGGGUGUUUUUGUGGGAAACAUGGCUGCCCCGUUUACUAUUGAUUAACUUUUAAUGUGUCCACCACUAGCUGCAGCAGCAUGGGUGAUUGUUGUGUAUUAGUGUGUCAGUGUUUUCCAAAGUGCUGUAGUAGCUGUGGGUGGCAUCAUUUCAAAGAGGUUGGUACAUUAUAACUACUUCAGUCUGAUAAUUAUAAUUUAAUGGUCCAACAUUGAGUUCAUAUGGAGACAUGCAAAACUGUAGAGCUAAAUUACAGUCUCAAAGACAUUUCAAAGAACCUUUAAUUAUCUGAUCAACACAAAUACAAAACAGUUUGCUUGGAUUGUGGCUCUGGCCAGUAAAGUGCCAUCAAGUUGGAAGGAAUUUGUUCACCAAAUUGAUGACUGAAAUAACUCAUCAUGUGACUGCACUGUGCAUGAAUUCACACAAUGAGGAAGAUUACAGUUUACUAGCCCCUUGCAUAUCUGAGUGAGCUCCAAUAAGUGAGACCUUGUGGUGUUUUUAUUUUUCCUGUAAUUAUUAAUCAUUAAAAUAGAUAUAAACAUUUUGUUUACACUCAGAGCAUACGGAGUGAUGAAGGCAGGUGUCUUCAGAGGCUGUAAUGGGACUCUCAGUUAUUUAGUCAACCACCAGAGGGAGCUGCAUCCCUGCUUCCCGCGGCUAUGGGCGCUGGGGUGUUUUUGGAUUGAGGUUUUGUUCAAGCAAAAUCACACAUAAAUAAAUUUAAGCAACUUAUGAAGAAACAGUGACAGAUGGAAGCAGCAUUUUGUCCUGUCCUCAUGCAGCUUCAGAGGACCUGGGGAAAUAAGGCCUUUAUGAAAUCACUCCAACACUAUACAAUGCAGCAUCACCUAAUGGUAUUGAGAUACUCAAUCUUGUGAGUCUCAAUCCUUUAAACUGGUGUUGGGGAUUUCACCGGCCCACAGGUCUGACAUACAGACACUAUCACAAACAAAACUGUAGGCUUUUAUGAUGGUACUGGUGUACAUUUAAACAUUUCAAACUUUGCUGUGGUGUGAAGUGAUUGUGUUCACAUGCCAUGGUGUCUACGAGGAAAAAAAAUAUUUUUAGGUCUAUAUUGAGAAAGAGCUUGUGGUACUAGAUAUUUAAAGAAAUACUUUUAAAUUUACCCCUUAUAAAAAUUGUACCAACAUAUUAUUGAAUUUUAUCAUAAAUGAUCAUUCUCAUGUUUUGAAAUAAACAUUUAUAUACUUA